AUGCAUCACGCAGCAGACAGCAGGCAGUGCCCCUCCCUUAGUGACGGCCAGGCCGUCGGCAGCGCCGCCUUUGUCCACAUCCCCAAAACAGCAGGCACCUUUGUGCACGACGCCCUCAAGGCGCUGUUGCCUGCCGGCGGGGGCGGGCGGUGGUGCACGUGGGGAGGGGAGGACGCGGCAGACCUGCCGCCCGUCUUUGCCAAUUGCGGCGGCGGCGACCCGGGCCCCCAGCAGCAGCAGCUGUUCGAGGCCACGCGGCGGGCGUUUGGGGCCACGUGCCACGGCCUGACCUCCCACCAGGACGUGGCCUACUUUGACGCGGUGGGCGUGGACUACUCGCGCACGCUCACCCUGACGGCGCUGCGGCACCCCGUCGACCGCGUGCUCUCUGGCUACUUCUAUUCGCUCAAAGUGGGGGCCCCCUUCCUGGCCGGCUACAAGCCGCAGAACGAGACAGACUUUUCCGGCCUGAUGCGGUUUGUGCAGGACAACCCCAUCGACUCCAACAACCUCAUGAUGCAGCACCUGGGCGGCGCGCGGCACUGCAACUGGCCGGGCAUCGCCCCGGUGCCGCCGCCGGAGCAGUGGCUGCAGGCUGCCAAGCGCAACCUGGGCCGCAUCUGCAUCAUCAUGCUGUCGGAGUUUAUGGAGGAGUCGCUGGUGCAGCUGGCGCAGGCGGCGGGCUGGCCCAGCGCCCGCGUGCUGGAUGUCGCGGCGCAGCUGGAAGCGGCCUCGGCAUCUGCCACCGGGCUGGCGCGCUCCAACGCCACCCCCAAGCCCAAGGUGCCGGCAGAGGUGCGGCGCGUCGUUGCGCGGCACAACCGGCAGGACAUGCAGCUGUACGAGUAUGCGGUGCAGUUCUUCCUGCGCCGCUCGCUGGUACCGUGA